CAAACACGAGUUUUCAUUCAUUCACGAAACAUCUCGAUCGUGGGGUGUAAUAUCUCUAUCGAUCACAAUUUUGUUGCGACAAUUUCCUAUCAAGACAUGACAAAAGGCAUUGUUAAAAUUUGUAUAUGGUUCAAGGCCUUCUCAAGGAGCUAUCACGUCGCGACUGCUUUCCUACUUCAUGAUCAGUGACAACGAAGAACUCAAGGACUCAACUUUCUGAGAAUCAAAAGGGCAAAGUAUCAUUGAUUAUGAAGCCUACGUAAUUUGGGGGACUUUUUACCUCUUACGGACUGAGUUCGGGGUCACUGAUUUCAAAUAUUUACUUCCCGCAAUUUGGCUGGGGUAAAGAAUUCGUGUCUUAGCGAGCAAUCGCUUGUGGAGGUUCUACAAAAUAUUUUUGGCGGGAAGAAGUUUUGUCCGCUUAUAAACAAACAUUUACAACAUGCGUUUACCUCUUGGGUUAAAAGGUUUGAUAUUUGAUUGUGAUGGGACAUUAUUGGAUACUAUGCCACUACAUUGGAGUGCUUGGUGUGCCAUCUGUAAUGAGACUGGCUUGAAAUUCGACAAGGAAAGUUUCUUCGCGCUAGCUGGAGUGCCUGGCAGGGAAAUCAUUCGUGAGCUAGCUAACAAACAAGGCAUCACUCUAGACCCGAUUGAAGUCUACGCUCGAAAGAGGGCUUUCUUUCUAAAAGGACUGCGAUCUGUUCAAGUUAUACCUUGCGUAAUUCGAUUUGCAUUAGACGCCCGCCGCCUUGGUAUGCCCAUAGCAGUUGCCUCAGGAAGUUCUCGAAGUCAAGUCGAGCAAGCAUUAACAGAGGCUGGUAUUCGUGACUUGUUUGACGUAGUUGUUGGAAAUGAAGAUUAUCAAAAUGCUAAACCCCAUCCAGAUGCAUUUUUGACAGCUGCCAAACUAUUGGGUGUGGAACCGCAGGACUGCUGGGCAUUUGAAGACUCCGACAUUGGUAUAGAAGCAAUCAAAAGAGGUGGUUUUGCCAAAUUUGUGGAUGUAAGGCGUUUAGAAGGCUAUCCCGAUGUUGGUAGACUUGAAAGUAAGGGGUGAAACCAGUGAGCAUUCCUGAAGCAAGGAUCAUUUGCACAAGAGUCUGGAAGCCAAGAUCAUGUGCAUGUUAAGAGACAUAUCAAGAUACAAAAUGGAGUCUCUUGUUGCCCUGCUGCAAUAUCAUACUAAAUAGGGUAAAUUUGCCUGCAGGACAAACAGUCAAGUUCUCCUUACUAUGUGCUAGUGGUCUUCUAUAAGUUGCCUUGAGACAAUUUGUUUUUCCCAGUUCAUUCAUUCUCAUGGACCUAUUUGACAAGAAAAGGUAGAGAGAAGAUGGGAGUUGAUCGCUGGUUUAGCAGCAUUAAACAGUGUUCCCCCCC